AUGACCCUAAUGGCAGUGGCGGCGGCGGGCGGCAACAACGGCGGGCCGUACGGUGAGCACGACGGCGGGUCGUCCUCAUCCGGUCCAGGCGCCGGAGACGCACCCGGUGGCAGCGGCGGUAACGGGGAGAUGGUAGCCCGCCGGCCCCGCGGGCGCCCGCCGGGCUCGAAGAAUAAGCCCAAGCCCCCGGUGAUCAUCACGCGGGAGAGCGCCAACACGCUGCGCGCCCACAUCCUGGAGGUGGGGAGCGGCUGCGACGUGUUCGAGAGCGUCUCCACGUACGCGCGCCGGCGGCAGCGCGGCGUCUGCGUGCUGAGCGGCAGCGGCGUGGUCACCAACGUGACGCUGCGGCAGCCGUCGGCGCCCACGGGCGCCGUCGUGACGCUGCACGGGAGCCUCACCAUCUUCCUCGCGGGGGGCCAGGGGCAGGUGGUCGGCGGGAACGUCGUGGGUGCGCUCUACGCCGCAGGCCCCGUCAUCGUCAUCGCCGCGUCCUUCGCCAACGUCGCCUACGAGCGCCUCCCCCUGGAGGAGGAAGAGGCUCAGGCAGCGCCACCCGGCCUCCAGAUGCAGCCACCGGGCGGUGGUGCCGAUGGCGCUGGAGGCAUGGGCGGUGGGCCGUUCCCUCCCGACCCGUCAGCUGCCGGGCUGCCGUUCUUCAACCUGCCGCUCAACAACAUGGCUGGUGGCGGGUCGCAGCUCCCGCCCGGCGCUGACGGCCAUGGUUGGGCCGGUGCACGGCCGCAGUUCUGA